AGACCAUUUACUUGCUGCACCUCAAGCAUGCUAGUUACAGCUAGCUAACGGUUGACUGAUUUCUUUUUCUGCGUUUUUCUAUAUUUCAAGAUUCGAGAUGAGCACGGAUCAGGACGGGAGCUCUGAACGAACCGAGCUGGUGUCUGAGGACGGCAAGAACACCAAGUCUGUUCUGUGUCAGCGCUGCGGGUCCAAGGUGCUGUGUCCUGCCAUGGCUGUGCUUACAGACAAGGAGCUGUUCCUUCCAUCCAUGCGGAAAAAGAGCAGCCCCAGCGCCACUGAGGGCUCCGUCGACGGCGACACACUGACCUCCCACUGGUUAGUGGACGACAUGCUCACUUUCGAGAACGUGGGUUUCACAAACGAUGUGGGGAGGAUCAAGUACCUCAUCUGUGCAGAUUGUGAAAUUGGACCAAUCGGCUGGCACUGUUUGGAUGACAAAAAGAAAUUCUACGUGGCUUUGGAUAGAGUGAAUCAUGCAUAAUGUUGGUGCCUAUGUGAGCCCACUCGGACUUCAAAAAUGUUUUGGCAGGCUAUGCAUUGUUUUUAUGGAUUUC